ACUAGCGAAGCAUUCAGAGCUUCUGACAGGAUGUGAGAUUUGGAGAGUUUCUCUGUGGUCUCGCUCAGUGUCAGCAUGGGAGAAUGAAGUUCAGAAUAAAGUGACGCUCUGGAUUUGGACCUGGGCUGUCUCCGAGACUACUUUGCUGAAUAAUUGAUCCAUCGGAUUGUGACUAGUUGAAAAUGAGGAAGACAGCGCUGAUGCUCUGGAUCAGCCUUUUGGUACAAGUGUCCCACGGGGCUCAGGGUCAAUAUGCCCGCAAACUACUGACUGACCUGAUGGAGGACUACUCCAAUGCUCUGAGGCCGGUGGAAGACACGGACGCAGCCCUCAAUGUCUCCCUGCAGAUCACUCUCUCACAGAUCAAAGAUAUGGAUGAGAGGAACCAGGUGUUAACCACAUACCUGUGGAUCAGGCUGGUGUGGCAUGACGCCUACCUGAAGUGGGACAAGGAGGACUAUGAUGACCUUGAGAUGAUAAACAUACCCAGCGAUCUGGUUUGGAAGCCGGACAUCGUCCUCUACAACAAGGCAGAUGAGGAGUCAAGUGCAUCAAGCACUAAUGUAAAGCUGCGAUAUAACGGAGAGAUCAUCUGGGACUCUCCUGCAAUCACAAAGAGCACAUGUGUGGUGGACGUCUCCUACUUCCCCUUCGACUGGCAGCAGUGCAAACUCACCUUCGGCUCCUGGACCUACAAUGGCAACCAGGUGGACAUCAGUUUGGGGAUGGACAGCGGUGACCUGUCUGACUUUGUGGAGAACGUGGAGUGGGAGUGUCACGGCAUGCCGGCAGUGAGGAACGUCAUGAUGUACGGCUGCUGCUCCGACCCCUACACAGAUAUCACAUACACUCUACUCCUGAAGCGCCGCUCCUCUUUCUACAUCUUCAACCUGCUCCUGCCCUGCUUCCUCAUCUCCUUCCUGGCCCCGCUGGGCUUCUACCUGCCGGCGGACUCGGGGGAGAAGGUUUCCCUCGGGGUGACGGUGCUGCUGGCGCUCACUGUGUUCCAGUUGUUGGUGGCUGAAAGCAUGCCACCUGCAGAGAGCAUGCCCUAUAUAGGAAAGUACUACAUCGCCACCAUGACUAUGAUCACAGCCUCCACCUCUCUCACCAUCUUCAUCAUGAACAUUCAUUUCUGUGGUGCUGAGGCCAAGCCUGUUCCUCACUGGGCAAAGGUGCUCAUCAUAGACUACAUGUCCAAAAUCUUCUUUGUGUACGAGGUGGGGGAGAACUGCACAAGUGAGAGGACCCCGCUGUACCCUGAGGAGCCCGCCAGCGAUGACCAUCUCCAUGACUACCAUCACGACAACGAUCAGCACCAGUACAGCAACGGCCACGCCAUGCCUCACCCCAACAAGCAUCACAAAGUACAAGCGAACGGCAACGCCAACAAUAGCCGUCACCAUUAUAACAACCACAACAACCAUACAUCCGGACUGGAGAGGGACGAGGAGAAGACACCACAGCGCUACCACCACAUCAGGAGGGACGAGCUGGACUACCAGGCUUCUCCUCGUCCACAAAACCUCCAGCAGCUGAACGGAGGGCUGAAGGAGCAGCUCCUCUAUCCCCCAGAGAAAGUCCCGGCCUGCCCCUGCUGCUGCCCCUGCCUCCAACAUAAACAGUUGGUGAAGAACAUCCAGUACAUCGCCAACUGCUUCCGCGAGCAGAGAGCUACUUGUGUCAAGGCUGCAGAGUGGAAGAAAGUCGCCAAGGUGAUGGAUAGGUUUUUCAUGUGGAUCUUCUUCGUCAUGGUCUUCCUUAUGAGCAUCCUCAUCAUCGCCAAGGCAUCCUGACAGCCUACUUCCUCAUCAUCCUUUUUCCGCCCUUACAACAUUUAUCCCACAUCACUGUUGUACCGCAGUGUUCCUCGAGAGGCACCUCAUUUUUACUUGAAUUCAACAAAUCAGAACUGUUUUAUAUGUGUGUCAGCAUUGUGAGUAUGUGUGUAUGAGGGUCAUUGUGGUUUUUGCCUUUGACUUAAUGAAGACAAGGUCAUUGCAAACAAAUCAUCCAUUUAACCACACGAGCACACAAACACAGAAAUUCAUCAAAGCCUCUCGGAUAGUUAACCUCAGGUGUGCGUGCAUGUGUGACGGAGCAGUGGAGCGGUAAGACGAUCCAGGCCUCGCUUUGAACAUGCCUGGACUCUUUAUUAUGGAUGAGCUAACAGCCAGACCCUAUAGGCAUUGCAUUACUUACACUACGUUUUAGGCAACCACAUGAUGCUGUUUUCCAUAGUCAGUUACAAUGAGAGCACCAGCAGAUUAAAGUAAUACUUUACACACAACAUUUGCAUUUGUAUAUCAAUUUCUCAAAAAGUUGAUUUCAUGAAGAAAACAUAUUUCUUGCAUGCCACCGCAGUGAAAGAAUCAUCAAAAACAUGAAGAAGUCUUGAUGGAUUGAAGUAAAGGGGAACUGCGUUCAACUACUACAAAACCAUCUCAUGUACUGUAAUCCAAGUCUCAUUUAUCCAGUCGUACACUCACUACUUCCCAAGCACAUACAUUUUUUGUUUACAUUUCAUUUUAAUCAGUCUCACACUAGCACAAAUGCAUGUGUUUUUUGGUUGAAAUAUUAUUUUAAACACUAAAAAAAUCUACCUUACGUAUGAUCAAAAUGGGGGCAAUCUUCCUCUCCGUUCUUGAUCUUCAUGGAAUUGUUUGCAGGGUUAUGACAAUAGUCUUUUAUGUUUUUGUUGUUGUUUAGAAAUAAAAAAAUUGGUUUACCUAAGUUGUGAAUAUUUGAGGUUGAGAAUUGGAGAGAAUGUUUACCUUUCUUAUUCUACAAAGAGCCCUUACUCAUUUUAAUGUGAUAUUCAGAUC